AAGAGCGAGAGCGAAAGACGGGCGACAAGCAAGGGCAAGUCGGAAAGCAGCGCGGACGUGCGGAAGAGUGGCAGUGUGUGUCGGCGUAGAGUGAGCGAGCGAGCGAGCGACGAGCUAGGCGAGCGUGUGCGGUGGUGGUGGUUGACGACUGGUGCCGUAGACGGACGGACGGACGGACGGUCGGUCGGUCGGUCGGUCGUUCGUUCGGUCGGUCGUUCGGUCGGUCGGUCGGUUGGUUGGCGGUCGGACUGUGAUUGUGUACAAGAACGGAAGGAAAAAACGGAGUAGGAAGUGCAAAAUUUACGGUGCACUGUGCUGGCUACGGUGUGAAAGAAGAUAGUUGGGUUUUUGUGUGGAGUUUAUCUCGGCGGUCUGAAAAGGGAGGAUUAUCGUCAUCGCCGUCAUAUCUAAAGGGUCUCGCGCGCGCCUACACGGACUGGAGUAUCGAGGCAUUUCCUAUUUUUUCCCGUGAAUAGUAUAUUUCCUUUUUUCUCAUUUUGAUCGCCGGGGACCUAUCGUCAAGCGGAAGACGUCAAGAGACGACAACGACGCGUGGAAAUAUAACCAAAAGAGGAACGUGUCACGAAAAGCGCAAUGUCCGACCGAGAGAGCCUGGACGAUCAGCCGCAAAAAUAUGGGAAUCCAGGCGGAUUGGAUGCUGGAGGUGCUGACUUUGAUUCUGGUCAGCAAGGUCAACAGAGUGAGCAAGAACUGGCAACGAAAAUGUUACAAAUUCAAAGUAAAAGAUUCUACCUUGACGUUAAACAAAACAGACGUGGAAGAUUUAUCAAAGUUGCCGAGAUUGGAGCGGAUGGGAGAAGAAGCCAAAUCUACCUGGCACUCAGUACAGCAUCCGAAUUUCGGGACCAUCUGUCGACAUUUAGCGAUUUUUACGCAUCUUUAGGUCCACCAAAUCCAGAAAACGUGCCAGAUGAUGGAAAACUGAAAUCAGAAAUGAUGGUGAAGGAUAAUAGACGAUAUUACUUGGACCUCAAAGAGAAUUCUCGCGGCCGUUUCCUGCGGGUGAGUCACCCUGUGUCGCAAACAAUAACGCGAGGUGGACCCAGGACUCAGAUUGCAAUACCAGCGCAAGGUAUGAUAGAGUUUCGUGACGCACUAACGGAUCUUCUUGAGGAAUUUGGGACAGACGACGGUGGCUUCAAAGGAGAUUUGCCGGAAGGUCGUUAUAUGCGCGUGGAUAGCAAGAAUUUCUAUUUUGAUAUCGGCCAGAACAAUCGUGGCAUCUACAUGAGAAUUUCUGAGGUAAAGACGAACUUUAGGACAGCUAUCACCGUACCAGAAAAAUCUUGGGCACGUUUCCGUGAUAUUUUCGCAGAUUAUUGCGAGAAGAUGAAGGAAGGCGGCGGUGGUGUCAGCAGCAGCAGCAGUGGUGGCGGAGGAGGAAAUAUACUGUCCGAGGGGAAAGGCUCGGUGGUGGCACAGGUACCAUCGCCAUCCUCGAUUACGCAGCCUAAUCCCAAUCCAAAUUUAGACUCUCCCCUAAUCAAGUGAAAAAGGCUUUAACUUAACUCGAACAUUUGGGAAUUAUAACUCGUAAACUCGUUUUCAAGUCAUUAAGCGAAGUAACGGAACUUGUCAGAGUCUAUGCCGUCGUUGUCAUCGUCAUAUUAAUUCAUCGGCUAUGACAUCGACACGGUCAUCGGCAUUACCAUCGAUAUAAUCAUCGUUACAUCGUCAUCAAGACCAUUUAUCGUCAUCGUCACCGUCGCCAGAUCAUUACCAUCGUUGCGUCGCACCAUCACACUUGCCACUAAGCGCAAACACCAAAAUUCGCCUGAAAUACGACCAUUGUAUUGUACGACCAUUGUAUUGCAGAGGGUAUCGACUGAUUGUUGAAUAUAUUCAUACAAUCACAGAUUAGAUAAAAGAAGGAAAAAAAGACGAAAAUGGAUGCGUGACGUGAUUAUUAAUAUACAUUUGUUGGAAUGUGAGGACAAAGAAGAUGGAGGAGGGGCUAGAUGAUGAUGACGAUACGUGUGUAUGUGUGUACGUGUGCAUGUGUUGUGUGUGUGUAUGUGUGUACACGCGCGUGCGUGCGCGCGCGCGCACGUGAAGGGAAAAUGAGUUCACUGCCGCUCGUGCGACUAAUACAGAAUAGAUAACACAUAUAAAAAAAAAAGACAAAAAUAUGCAACAACGGAAAAUCGAGUAUUAUUAUCGAGCGAUAUCUUUUUAGACGAACACGAGUUGCCAUCGAAUAACAUUAUGAGUACUACCGUUCAUUUCCUAUCUUUCCGUAGACGUACGUCGUUGUUUGGUUUCACUAAUUUUCUUAUCGUACGAUAUUUUUUCAAUUUUGGACGUUUAGUCAUUCGCAUGCAUUCUGUAUUUCACGUGUAUGAGUUAAACGAAUGAGAAUUUCAAACGGGAAAUGGACUGUAGUGUAGAUCACGUUGCAAUUGAAUUUGAUUGUUCAGAAUUUAUGAAUAAAUAGUUGUUAUAUUAACGAUUAUAUCACGAGUAAGUAAGGGGAAGAUUGUGUGAACUCGCGAGGGAAGAAAAAAUAGUAACAAAGGUCUAUUAUAUCUAUGUAGGCAAUAUGUGUACGUCUCUCUCUUCGAUUUAACCGAACAAAUCUCAAAGUCACUGGUAGUUUUGAUGAAUAUUUGUCGAAUAUCGCAAUUGGAUGUAGAUAAAAUAUUGAUGAAUGCGAUUCCACUUUUGUUCGACAAUGCGAUUUAUUACUGUAGUAAUAAAUUAUUAAGUUGAAGAAAAUAUAUACAGAAGAAGAAAAGGAUAAAAAUGAAGAUCGCAUUUUUUAUUCUAAUAUUUAUAUUACUGUCUGCAUCACGCAAUAUCAUACAUUUAUUUAAAAACUGAACUUCUCUAUUAAAAGUAACGAGAUAUACAUAACAUGAAUGAGAGAGAAAGAAAGGGAUGCUAACCAAGAGAAUACGAAAUCAUAUUAAUACAUAUUAAUAUGUAUAUUACACAAAAUUUGUUUUUUUCAUGGAUUUAUACGAAAAGUGCGCAUACAAUCAUACAUACAUAAAAGCUUUUAUAGAAUGCAAAAAACAACACACACACAUACACACAGUACAAGUUUUUGCACUGAGAGAAAAUUAUUUGGUAUUUGUAACUAUAAUUAAAUAUAAAAAUAAUUAUAGUUAAGAAUUCUAAUUUUUUUAUAGUUAUUAUUGCUAUAAUAUUAAUUGUAACAGUAAUAAUAACAUGCAAUGUUACACUGAUAAAAAAAUUAUUAUAAUUACCAUAAUACAGUUGACACCAAAAAUGACUAUAAUUUUUUAAACAUAUUAUAUGUUAUUAAUACUGACAUUGUAAUAGUAAUAACUGUAAAUAUGGAGUUUCUAACUGCAAUUAUUUUAACAUUCAAUUAUAGUCAUAAAUACCAAUAUUUUUUUUCAGUACAUGUGUAUAUAUAUAUAUAUAUAUAUAUAUAUAUAUAUACACAUGUGUGUGUGUGUGUGUGUGUGUGUGUGUGUGUGUGUGUGUGUGUGCGUGUGUGUAUGUAUAUAUAUACUUGCAUAUACAUUUGAAUGCCAAACACGCAAUUUUCCACUAGAAAUCCACAGAAUAACGAUAGAUAUAUUCCACCAUGAAAGACGUAUAAUUCCACCAUAAAGAAUGAGCGAUACAAAAAAUGUGUAUGUGUAUGUAAUUAAGUUACAUAAAAAUUCAUGCGAUGACCGACUUCUAACACAAUUGCAUAUUAGGUAUGUAUUAUAUGAAUGCAUAAUAGGUAUUUAUAUAGAAUCUAUAUAGCUGUAUAACUGUAACGAAAUGCCAAUGUCCACGGACCUAGGCAGCUGUGCAAAUCCGACGAUGUAUGAUUUAUUAAAUUGGGAAUCGUGUUGUUAGACCUGCAAUUGCUUAGGCCCUUCUUGCCGGACACAAGAAGAAAGAGAAAGAUAAAACGAACGAUACAAAAAAGAAGAAGUAAUAUUUCAAAACAGUCGAGACUGAGAGAACAGAGAUGUAGAAUAAUAUAAUCGAGUUAUCUUCCAGAAGGAAAAGAAAUCUUAAUACGCUUCGAUUCUGCAACGCUGUGCUAAUAUCAAUAAAUAUAUAUCUUUUUUUUCGUCCAAUUGAUUAAAAUCUAUAUUUCGCGCUGGUGCGAAUAAAUGGCAGGCAAUGCAUAUAGAGAAAGAGAAAAGCACAGACAUACGUAAAUUUAAAAAAAUUAAUUAGAAAAAAGCGUAUUAAUUGAAAUUGAAUUAAAUGCGUAAUCGGCGCAUUCACAUUCUCGAUACAAUGGAUAAAAUGUUAUUUAUUUUUUAGCGAUAAAUUUCUCAUACUUUGAUAAAAAAAAAUUAUUUUUCAGUUGCAUUCAGUUUUCUUCUAAAAUUGCGAUUUCGGCUGGUCUGAAUUUACUUAGCACGUAAGUUUCGAUGAAUAUAUGAAAUAUAAAUUAUACAAUAACAAUUUAUCUCAAACAUAUAUAUAUAAAUGGAUAAAACAUAUUAAAACAAAACACUCGAGAUUCCGUUUUAAGUUCUAUAUAUAUCUUCAAUUUAAUUUUCUAUUAUUCUAAAAUACAAUGUUACACACACACACACACACACACACACACACACACACAAAAUACGUAUACAUAUAUAGAAUGAAUUGCUCAAAAUUAUACAAUAAUUCCUAAAAUAUGAACUUUGUAAAAAAAUAUUUUAAAUUAAAUUGACUUUGUUUCGAGUAAAAAUCUGUGAUCAACAUAAUAUUACAUCAGAUGAAAACGUUUCCGAGAUUUUUUAAAAUUAUUUGUAUUUUUUAAAUAAAACUUUUUUUACAUAAAUCGAUUCUCUUCAUCAUCGUGUAUAUGAAAAAAAUGAACAUAAAACUAUUGAGAAAUAAAAUUAUUUUGUUUAUUGAUAAGUAGCUAGUGAGAUGGUCUUUUAUCAUGAUAUUUUACCCUAACAUAUUCUAAUAUGUAAAACAUGAAAUAUUUCGCAAAGCAUUUACUUUUUAAUAGCUCCAUCUUAAUAAUUUUAUAUAUAAAAUGAGGAAAAGAAUCGAUUGAUGUUAAAAAUAAGUAAUUAUAUUUUUAAAAAAGUGCAAUUGCUCAUUGCACACACAUUGUACCUGCAAAAAAAUGAGGUCGUUAAGUCUUGUGAUUCUAUAUAAAAUAUAAAAUAUUAAGAUAAAGAUAUUGAAAAAUAAACACUUUAUGAAAUAUUUCAUAUUUUUAUUUUACAUUAGAAUGCAUAUCGGGAUAUGAAUUUUAAAACAUCUUGUUAUAUUCAUUUUCCAAUGAUUUUAUAUUUUUUAUGCAGAAUAAUGAGGAGAGUCUGAUUUAUAUAUAAAGAAAAGACAUGGUUUAAUGUCCAAAAAUAAAAGAUCUUGAAACUUCAUAUUCAUCUAGAACAAAAUUAUUCUGACUAUAGAAUGCCUCCUUCAAAACUCAACAAAUUUUAUCCGAAAUAUUUUUUUAUACAACUCAUAUUUUAAGAGUUUAUUGAUAAUAAUAAUUUCUGGUAACUCAUCCUGUUUGUGUGUGCGUGCGUGCGUGCGUGCGUGCGUGCGUGCGUGCGUGCGUGCGUGCGUGCGUGCGUGCGUGCGUGCGUGCGUGCGUGCGUGCGUGCGUGCGUGCGUGCGUGCGCGCGCGUAUGUAUGUAUAUAUGUACUUGUAUGAGUACAUAAUAUGUUGACAUUUAAUGAAACGGACGAAACAUAUUCCAUUUUUUAGUUUACGAGCUUUUACACGAUCAUACUUUAUGUUCAUUAUUUAUCAUCAUCAAAUGUAAUCGAUUUUUUCGAAGACGGAGUGAGGUAAGCAAGAAUCAGUUUCUGCAGAAAUAUUGUAUAGUGUUCAAAGGAGCGUUGUAAACAAGAACGGCAAAGAAGAGUCAUAAAAAAAAUUGUUCUCAGUGGCACAGAUGGUAUGAUAUAUUGUGAUCUAUACAAAUUACAAAUCACAAAGCAUCUACAAGUAGUAGAUAUUUAAGAUAUAAAUAUAUACGCAAACACACACAUACACACACAUACACACAUACAUCCUUCUAUGGUGUGACUAGAGAAAGAAGAAACUGUCUUAUUAAAUGCAUGCGUAAAAGCGCGUACAAAACACAAAUGUGUUAUUGACAAGUGAGGACAACUACAAACGUACCUAACUAAAGCAAAAAACGCAAAGAAAGAGAGAGAAAAAACAGUUAUAAAGAAAACAGAAAUGAAGAGAUACCGUCUGAUACAUAAGAAUAAGCAAAGUAAUAUAAGAUAAAAAAGAAAAAACAUGAUGAUGAUGCUCCUGCCACGCAGCGAGUCUUUAGACAGCUUUAAGAAAAUAAUUAUAAAUAAUAAAACAAUUAUAAAUAAUUACGAUGAACUUUCUAUAUGUUGAAUCGUGUCUAGUGAGAGAAGUAUUAUCGAAGUAAAGCAACACAAAAAAAAUGAAUACUACUAUUGCCACACGUAAAUUAAAUGCAUUUUAUAUGACCAUUGAUUAGUUAUCUCUGUCGAAUGUUCUUUUGUCUUUGUUUUUCUUUUUUUUAUUUUCUUUGGUAAUACAUAUAACAAAGAGAAAGUAGUUGUUACGGAGUAGCUUUUGGUGUUUCGUUUGCUGUUUUAUGAAUGAACGUUGCGCGGUUGUUGAACAAAGGACCUUUUUGCCAGAGUGUUGUAAGGCGUUCGCAAGAAGGUGCCAGAGUUCCAUAUAUUUUGUGUUUUUAUAUAUUCAUUCGGUUACACACACCGCCACUGUUAUCUAUUGUCAUGCGCUAUUAUUGUCACAUAGAUUUUUCAUAGGUGUGAUGCAUAGCAGGCGACAAUUAUGUGUCUAACACACUGACAUUUGCGUUCUAAACAGGAUUGCGAUCUACGUCUUUUGUUGCGUGACGACUCGUCAAUCGCGAUAUAAUCUUUCUCGCUGCGCGAAAUUACGAUUCGUAUCGUAAAAAAAGUUAAGAAUGAAAACCGCAUUGUUGCUGCGAUUAUUCUUAUUGUCAUCAUUAUUAUUAUUAUUACGAUUAUAUUGUCAUUAUUCUUAAUAUUGUGAUUAUUCUUCUUAUAUUACCAUUAUUUUGAUUAACUAUUAAUACCUAUUAUUAUCAGAACAUUAGUUACAUACUGAUGUUAUUAAUUAGCGAAAGUUAUAUUGAAUUGGCUCUUGAACGAGUUGAUCUUUUUCUUUUAUUUUAGCAUUUAUUAUGACAAUGAUCAGUUGAGUUUGUGAAUUCAAUAACUUCUUUCCGUUCAUCUCCUUAUUCCUUUUAUUUCUAAGUUUUAAUCAAAUCUUCCCUCUCUCUUCUUGCUUGUAUUAAAGCGCUUUCUUUUCUUCUUCUUGGACUUGCAUUCCGUUCAUUUUGAGUGAUUCGAAACUCAAGUUUGAAAUUGAGUGUUAUCUCAUGAAAGAAAAAAGAGGGAAACGAAACAGCAGAGGCGAUUGAUGAAUAUGUGAACCGAAAAGGAGAAAGAAAGAGAGAAGAACUUGAAGGGAGGCAGAGAGAUAAAAAAACACUAUCGGAAUUUCGACAGCGUUAAAUUAGACGUUACUUAGAUUCCGUGAUUGAGCGUAUCGAGCAGAGUUAAUUGUCUUUCGACGCGUUGCGUUUUCCUUUUUUUUCUUCCUAGCGCGCUCUCGCGUGUGUGCAUGCGUGUGUGAAUGUUAAAUUCGUGUACAUGUGUAAGCUCGACAAUCGAAAACGAGCGAGCUACUCUUUAUAAGGCGAGACAAGAGAUUGAGAAAAAGGAAAGCCAAUCGCAAGGACGAUGCGCCGUUAAACAUGUUAAUCCUGCGAUUCUCAGAGGAAAUUAUAUCGCAGAAGUAAUACGUGUCCUUGCGAAUUUUACAUUAAAUCAAUAAGGUAUGAAAAUCAAAGUUUGUUGUUGCAGAAAACAAUGAGAAUUGCUGCGAUUGGCCUUUGUAUGUCAUUUGAUUUAUUAAAGAUAACAAUCUGUUGCAAAC